AUGAAGAACCAGUAUUGCUAUGCAAUUUAUAACAUAAGCACAUUUCAAGCUUUAUCACAAGGCCAAACUCUAGUCUCCCCAAGCCAAAUAUUUGAGCUAGGCUUCUUUAGUCUCAAUAACUCAGCAAAUCUAUACAUAGGUCUUUGGUAUAAGCAAAUGUCAACUACUAAAGUUGUAUGGGUGGCCAACAGAGAGAAACCGGUAAAAGCUACACAUUUUCCUGCAAAUGUAAUUAUUGGCAGAAGGGGGAAUCUGGAGCUUUUGGAUGGAAAAAACAGCUCACUCUGGUCAACAAAAGUCAACCUCUCAUCAACUAAUAAUUCGAUUGCAGUAUUAUUGGAUAAUGGUGACUUGGUCAUCAAAGAUGGCUCGUCAGGGGAAGAGUUAUGGCAUAGCUUCCAGCACCCUGUCAAUGCCUUCUUGCCUGGUGCUAAGGCUGGUUUCAAUGUCAAAACUGGAGAGCGUUGUGUCCUCACUUCUUGGAAGAAUGACACUAGUGAUCCUUCACAUGGAAACUUUGUUGUUGGACUUGCUCCACAGAGACCACCAGAAGCUUUCAUUUGGAUAAACGGUACAACUCCAUAUUGGAGAAGUGGACCAUGGGAUAAAUCCAAAUUCACCGGCGUACCAGAUAUGAAUACAUUUUUUCGAAGUCCAUUCAAUAUCUUAGAAGAUGUAGACAUGGGAUCGACAUAUCUAUAUUUGAAUUGGUACAACAGUUCCACUUUCUUAACUUUGGUGCUCUCAUCUGAGGGUGUUCUAAAAAUUAUGCUCAAAGGCAGAGGACAUGACUGGUUUACUAAUUGGGAGGCACCAAAGACUCACUGUGACAUAUAUGGCGUGUGUGGACCUUUUGGUGCAUGCAAAUCAUUUGAGUCUUCAAUUUGCAAGUGUGGGAAAGGUUUUGAACCAAAAUCUUUUGAAGAAUGGAGCAAAGGAAACUGGACAGGAGGAGGGUGUCUGAGGCGGAACAAAUUACACUAUUGUGGAAAAAACAGGAGUGGCUUAGCAUCACAAGAAGGUAAAAUGGACGGGUUUUGGAAGAUUAGUAAUGUGAAACUUCCGGACUUGUAUGAUUUUGUGGAGCUUGGAAUUUCUGUUGAUGGUGAUAACUGCAAAAAGUGGUGCCUGAAUAAUUGUUCUUGCGUAGCUUCUGCAUUUGUAGACGGAAUAGGGUGUUUGGUUUGGUCAGAAGGCCUUAUGGACAUACAGGGGUUUACCUUUGGUGGAGAGGAUCUUUUCCUUCGUCUUGCACAUGCAGAACUAGGUGAGAGUAAUAAUGUGACAAUUGCUAGAUAUUGA